UGCAUGCCACACCCACCACCAGCCCUUUCCAACUACCAGUCACUCUUUUCAGAAUCCAGUCACUCGUUCACUUUCGAUUCUUGUCUCGGGCGCUUAACCAUCGACCCACUAUUUUCUUGACACAUAUCACGUCUCACUAUUCAACUGCAUCCUCGCAAACCCACCACAAUGCGUCUCUCCACCCCCGCCAUCCUGGCCUCCAUCACCACGCUGGCCUCAGCGAUCAGCAUCACCAGGCCAGGCCUCAACGCGACCUACGCGGCGGGCUCGACCAUCACGGUGAACUGGACGAGCGUCGACACCGACCCGAGCCACUUCAGCCUGUACCUGUGGAACUUCGAGUCGUGGCCGCCAAGCUACGUGCCACUGGCGGUGGACAUCGCGACGGCGGAGCUGUCGCACCGGGUGGAAAUCCCCUGCGACACCGCGCCGGAAUGGGGCUACCAGAUCAGCGGCAUCAACGGCACCAACGUGUACAUCAUCUACACGCAGAGCGAGAAGUUCACCGUCGCGGAGCCUGUCCACCCUUGCACGGAGAGAGUGCCCUCAUCUUCAGGGGUGCUGUCUGCGUCGCGCACACCCGCCGCGCAGCCCACCUGCGCCGCUGCGCCCACCACAACCGUUUAUGUCACGGUGAGCCCUACCGGUUCCAGCUCUGCCUUGCACCACCAUCACCACUCCAGUUACUCUCACCAUCACCAUGAUCAUUCUGCUUCUGUGUCCUCGCAUGUCCUCCCCAAUGCUACCCCCGCUGUCCCCGUUGUCGUCCCCGUCGUCACUUCGCGCACCAAAACCGUGAAACCUGGAAUCGUGCCUAAGACUAUUGGUUGGUGUUCAGACUACUCCCACCCCGUGACCUUGAAGGACGUGCCGACGCCGACGGCGCCCGUGGUGGAGGUGUCUACGGGCUUGACGACGGCGGUAGUGACCGCUGCCCCGAGCGCCGGCGAGGAAGUGGUGGUGCAGACUGUGACCACGACGAUUAGUGUAGCCGGAGAGGAGUGUGCGUUUGCGUGAGGUAGUCGUUCCGCGACCAACUGACUACCGUUCCCCCGCGAGUCUAUGUACUGUACUGUAUAUAUCAAGCGCCAUGGAGAUUAAACAUGUACUGUAUCUUACCACCCGAACCCUCCAGUUCCACUCCCACAAACAAGGAAAUGGCAAGAAAGAAUCAAUACCGCAUCACGUUAGCCUCCAGCACCUCCCUCGCCCACUCCUCCCCCAACAACUCCCAUCGCAACCCCGCCUCCUUAUACCCCAACUGCACCUCCCUCUGCACCGCUAGAAUAGGAUUAUCCUCCUCCUCACACGAAACCACACAUGACAACACCGUGAAUCCGCAUAUCAGCACAUCCGGCAACUGCGGGCUUCCCAGUUUCUUCACGCAUUCCCAGAUCUUUGUCUCCUUAGACCCGCUACCGUGACCCCACCAAAUGAUAGCAGAAUCAGAG